UGAUUAUAAAUGGCAGACUGUUGAUCGGUCAUCGAAUAUUUUACAGAAACUGUAAUGAACAAAAUCAUUGUCAUCUAUUUUGCUGUGCUCUUUACUAAAUGUAUUGAUACCAUAUUUGAAAUAUAUUUGCCCGUUGUUCAAUCAACUUUUCUGGUGUAGGGACAAACUAUACAUCUAUGCCAACUCGUCUGUAUGGCAUAAAUCAUCUACAACCAGGCCGAGUGUUUUGAGGAAAAUGUCUGUCUCUCAUCCUCUUCUGAAAAUAUUAAAAGGAUCCCUGCUGGAUCUUCACAAUGAGCAGAGCAUCAUCAGGGAUUCAAAUAUCAAACUGGUGACAUUUUGUCGAGCACUGGAAGAUAUUUUUCGAUGUGGAUUAAUGAAUAACAGCGGAUGGUUCAGUCGGUGUGACUUUUGGACAUGGAUCAGCAGAAUAUCUCACUGCGCCAACCCAGUACUUGAACAAGUGAUCGACUAUGUCCGCAACUGCCAGAAGGUCAAGACAGUCGAGGGGAAAGGACGCUUGUUCAUCAGAGCGGGUCUGGUCAAAAAGAAACUUGAUGGUAUCGUACAUCACAUCUGCCGUGACAGGCAGUUGUUGCAGAUGUGGUAUGACCCUCACAGAUCCAUCCUGGGAAACGAAAUACUUGCAGAAAUUCUGAUGUCACUUUUGAAAGAAGUGAAAGGCAUGACCUUCCGGCUUCUACUGAAGAAUGCAAGUUUUCUGGACAUCAGCUGGGAAAUGCCAGUGUACAGGGAGUAUGAGUUUGUCCCGUGUGAUGUCCUCGGAAUCCAUUUCCAGGAGGUAAACAGCUACCUACUUGUGGUGGAUGUGGAAGCAGAGGGAGUUGCUGGAGAAGAUGGCAAGGUUUCCCCGGGGGAUGUGAUGGAUGACAUGUUUGGAGAGAGCCUGCGCGGGGUCAAACGGGGCAAGGUACAAGACCUGUUUCAUCAGUACCGAGGACUGCCAGUAUAUGCAGGAUUUGUCAAGAGUGUGGAUGCCCAUGGUCAGAUAUUUCGUCCAAUUACAAAGCUGCUUCGUCAGCUUGACAUGGAUCCACAAGCUAUCCUAAAUGAAACACUGAGACGGCAACGACAGCAGCAGCAACAGAACAGCGACAACAGUGACCAUCGGAUGCCAGCCCAUGCUCUCCUCCCAGAGGAUGAGAAGGAUGAGAUACCAGUGCACGGACCGGAUGGCAGGGCUGUGUACACCGUCACCUACCUGGGGGAGGUAUUCCUGGGAACCGAUGGCAGAGUUGACAGAAUAGAGGAUGCAGUUGUCAACAUCAUCAACUCCUCCAGGAAGAACCCAAAGGGAGUGACAGUGGAGACGUCAGAGACCGGCAUCGUUGUGACGGACACAGAGACUGGGAAGGCACUACUCAACCACUCGUACACAGAGGUGUCGGCGUGCGGCCGGAGGACAGACUACUUACAGCACUUUGGUUACAUAGCAGGAGAGACCACCUGUAACUUGGCCAAGAGGUUUGUGUGCCACGUGUUCCACUCCCCGUCAGCAGAAGAGACCAAAGUAAUUCUAUGCAGUAUAGCUCAAGGCUUUGAAAGAACACACUGGUUCUUGUGAUGGACUCAUCAUGGAAUAUAAAAUGAUCUAAUCAAAUGUGAGGAACAACAUGCCACGGAUUGCCACUCUGUCCACCGUCCCCAGUCAGCACGGCUUAGAUGUUGCUGACGUUAUUGCAGUCUCAGUCAGCAGAGACUAGAUGUUGCUGACGUUAUUGCAGUGGCAGUCAGCACAGCCUAGAUGUUGCUGACGUUAUUGCAGUGGCAGUCAGCACAGCCUAGAUGUUGCUGACGUUAUUGCAGUCCCUGUCAGCACAGCCUAGAUGUUGCUGACGUUAUUGCAGUGCCAGUCAGUACGGCCUAGAUGUUGCUGACGUUAUUGCAGUGCCAGUCAGCAUGGCCUAGAUGUUGCUGACGUUAUUGCAGUCCCUGUAAGCAUGGCCUAGAUGUUGCUGACGUUAUUGCAGUGCCAGUCAGCAUGGCCUAGAUGUUGCUGACGUUAUUGCAGUCCCUGUAAGCAUGGCCUAGAUGUUGCUGACGUUAUUGCAGUGCCAGUCAGCAUGGCCUAGAUGUUGCUGACGUUAUUGCAGUGCCAGUCAGCAUGGCCUAGAUGUUGCUGACGUUAUUGCAGUCCCUGUCAGCAUGGCCUAGAUGUUGCUGACGUUAUUGCAGUCCCUGUCAGCACAGCCUAGAUGUUGCUGACGUUAUUGCAGUGCCAGUCAGCAUGGCCUAGAUGUUGCUGAUGUUAUUGCAGGACCAAUGUCAUUUUUCCUGGAUAUGCAUCAGUUUUACUCUACACUGUUGAACAGACUAUUACAGGUGCACCAUCAGCUUUACAUUAACUGUCUACAGAGAUGCCAACCACUAUGAUAAGGACGGAUUCAUUACCUGUUUCCAGCAAAUUCAACGACAAUGAUAAAGUGAAAAAUAUUAUAUGUUUAUCUAAAAAAAAUAUUGGUAUGUUUAAGCCAGUUACAUCAUACCUUGUGUCACAGUGACAUCAUAGUUUGUGUCACGGUGACGCCAUAGUUUGUGUCACAGUGACAUCAUAGUUUGUGUCACGGUGACGCCAUAGUUUGUGUCACUGUGACGUCAUAGUUUGUGUCACGGUGAUGCCAUAGUUUGUGUCACAGUGACAUCAUAGUUUGUGUCACAGUGACGUCAUAGUUUGUGUCACGGUGACAUCAUACCUUGUGUCACAGUGACAUCAUAGUUUGUGUCACCGUGACGUCAUAGUUUGUGUCACCGUGACGUCAUAGUUUGUGUCACUGUGACGCCAUAGUUUGUGUCACAGUGACAUCAUAGUUUGUGUCACAGUGACGUCAUAGUUUGUGUCACCGUGACGUCAUAGUUUGUGUCACAGUGACAUCAUAGUUUGUGUCACAGUGACAUCAUAGUUUGUGUCACAGUGACAUCAUACCUUGUGUCACAGUGACAUCAUAGUUUGUGUCACCGUGACGUCAUAGUUUGUGUCACAGUGACAUCAUAGUUUGUGUCACAGUGACAUCAUAGUUUGUGUCACAGUGACAUCAUACCUUGUGUCACAGUGACAUCAUAGUUUGUGUCACCGUGACGUCAUAGUUUGUGUCACGGUGACGUCAUAGUUUGUGUCACAGUGACAUCAUAGUUUGUGUCACCGUGACAUCAUAGUUUGUGUCACAGUGACAUCAUAGUUUGUGUCACGGUGACGCCAUAGUUUGUGUCACGGUGACGUCAUAGUUUGUGUCACGGUGACAUCAUAGUUUGUGUCACGGUGACAUCAUAAUUAGUGUCACUGUGACAGCAUAGUUCGUGUCACUGUGACACAAUAGUUCGUGUCACGGUGACACCAUAGUUCAUGUCACGGUGACACCAUAGUUCAUGUCACGGUGACAUCAUAGUUAGUGUCACUGUGACAGCAUAGUUCGUGUCACUGUGACACAAUAGUUUGUGUCAAGGUGACACCAUAGUUCAUGUCACGGUGACACCAUAGUUCGUGUCACUGUGACGUCCUAAUUGGUGUCUCGGUGACGUCCUAGUUGGUGUCACGGUGACGUCCUAGUUUGUGUAACAGUGACAUCAUAUUUUUGGUCACUGUGACACCAUAGUUUGUGUCACAAUGACAUCAUAGUUGGUGUCACGGUGACACCAUAGUUCGUGUCACUUUGACACCAUAGUUGGUGUCACGGUGACAUCAUAGUUUGUGUCACGAUGACACCAUAGUUUGUGUCAAGGUGACAUCAUAGUUUGUGUCACAAGUUAUUUAUUUCUUCAACACCAUGUUGAUCGUGCUAAUGGAGUUUACAAUUUAGCAAGGGGGCGCUUUGUUGUCUAUGGAGUUCUCUGUGCUCAGUUGCUUCCCUUGGGUUUGAAUCCUGGUUCACCGUGAUGAUGUUUCUAGGUUUGUCAGGGGGGCAGUGUUUACUGUGUCUAUGCUGUUAGAAGGACACACACCCUGAGGUUAGUUCCCGGAUGAGCAUGGUUUCGGGGUGGGUGGAGACCAUGCUAUCUUAGAACACAGAUGGUGCCGGGUUGUGUGGGUCUCUCCAUAUAGACAUAUGUCUGGCAAUAGUAGCAAGUUGGCAGACAAUCCCUGAAGAUCGGGGUAGAAUAGGUCUUCAGCAAUCCAUGCAGGCAACUAAGAGGCGACUAACAGGUUUGGGUGGACAGGCUUGCUGACUUGGUUAAUGCAUGUCAUCAUAUCCCAAUUGCGCGG